AUGCCGCCAGGAGGAGGAGGAGAAGAAGGAGACGAGCAUGGCAGCAGCACGGUGCAGAGCCACCCACCGGCGACCGUCCACCGCGAGGAGGACACGCCGCAGCUCCCCACCAUUUCUGCAGUAGCUUCCAAGGAGAAGAAGCAGAAGCUGGAGCAGCAGCCCGUGCCGAGCCUCCCCGAGGGCGCCCUCGUCGAGAUCCUUUCGCGAGUGCCCUACAGGUCCCUCUGCCGCUUCAAGUGCGUGUCCAAGCCGUGGCUCGUCCUCUGCUCCGCCCGGGACAUCCUCAAGAGGUCGCCACAGACCCUCUCCGGCUUCUUCUACAAGAACGCCGGUGUCCUCAAAUUCCGCAAUUUGUCCGGGAGAGGUCUGCCUCUGGUCGACCCUUCUCUCCCUUUCUUGCGGCAGAGGUACGAAAACGUUCAUGUCGAACAAUUGUGCGAAGGUCUUCUCCUUUGCAGCUGCUGGAAUUCGUGUUCUGCGUGUGAAAAUGAUUAUGUUGUGUGCAAUCCCGCGACUCAAGAGUGGACUGUGCUGCCUCCUGUAGUAUUUCCGGCUCAAGAGUGCAGCCACCCAUGGAAGAAAGGCAUACCAAUGACUUACUUAGGUUUCGAAGCCGCUGUCCCAACCCGCUUUAUGGUGUUUGCAACCCCUUACAAUGCUGACCACCUUCCUGGACAAAUGGCGAUCUACUCAUCAAAAACUGGACAGUGGACUUACGUGCAGACUAAGUGGUCCUCCGUAACUCAUGUGGAUUGUAGUAGACGCACACAUGUCUUCUUGAAUGGCACCAUGCAUUUGGCCACCCUUUGUAAUUCAAUAAUACCCACAGUUGACGUGGAGGGGAAAGUUUGGAAGGAGAUUCAAAUGCCAGUUGACUGGACGAGCUGUAAUAUUGUUUUGACUGGGCAAUCUCAAGGGCGUUUGUAUGCGUGGCAGGUGGAUUAUUGUGAUGAUAGUGAACUCGAUAUUUGGGUUCUUGAGGACUAUGGUACUGGAAAGUGGACCCUAAAGCAUACUGUUAAUGUUUCAGAGCUGUUCGGAAGGCAUUGUCGCAAAGAUGGUGAUUUUUAUCAGAUGUUUGCAAUUCAUCCAGAUUGUAAUGUCAUUUUCCUUACCAACCAGAAGAAGAAGACAGUGUCAUACGAUAUGGAUAAUCAGAAAGUACAUGUUAUCUGCGAUGAGUUCAUGAUUGGGCUACCUUAUACUCCCUGUUUUGCGGAACUGCCAUCAGCUGGUCACUGAGACUCAGUGCAGCAUCUGGAACUCAACAGGGCACAAUACCUUUGUAAAAAUUAGUGGUUGGUACGGGCCUACUUUCUAGUUUCGUGGCAUUGCUUAGAUAUGCUCCAAUUCCUCUGUCUACCAGUUUCGUAUUCUUCUCUGCUGGUGUUCUGGUGCAUGCCUUUUGUGGCUUGAACAAUGUUUGUUAGCCAAGACUUUGUAAGGGUAAGGGCCUUGCAUAGUUGUAUGAAUGCACCUAACCAUUUAAUCUAUUUGCUGUCAU